ACACUCCCUGAAACCAGCGCGAGCUCACACAGAGGUAUAAGCAGGAGGGCGCGAGGAGGAGGAGGGGAAGUAAAAGAAGAAGAAGAGAGAGAGAAAGAAGAGACUCUGUUCUUUAACAGGUUGGAUUGGCCAAUCAGCUGCCUCCUGUGUGACCUCAGCGUGGUAUCGAUCACUGAUUGGCUCUCUAUCAGCAGCAGCCUCCUGAGGGCCUAGACCUGCUGGAGUCUGGACCACAGAGAAGACUGAAGCGUGUGUGGUCUGAUUCAGCUGUUUCUAUUGGCUGCUUUACUGAGGCUGUGAUUGGUCGGAAACCAGGAAGUCUCACUGAUUAACGAAAGACAAUGGCGGCAUCAGAACUGAUCCAAAGUGAAGACGAUGUCCGCCCUCAUGUGGAAGUAAACGUCACCACAGCAAACCUUCCCACGCCCCCUCGUCCUCCGAGAGUUUCAAACGGUAACCCGCCACGCCACGCCCCCUCGCCGACUCAGCCCGCCGACGCCAACGACGGCAGGAAGCAUCAGGAGCGCAACAAACUGAGCAGCCUGCUGAUCCAGACGCUCAGCAGCGGACUCAGGAAACACUGCGACUACGUGAAGAUCAGCGUGCCGGAGGAGCGCACCAACCGCCUCCCCGCCGAGUGGUGGAAGACCGGCGUGGCGUUCCUGUACGCCUUGUUCAACCUGGUCUUCACCACCGUCAUCAUCACCGUCAUCCACGAGAGGGUGCCGGAUAAGUCAGUGAGCCCGCCGCUGCCAGACAAGUUCUUCGACUACGUGGACCGAGUGCCGUGGGCGUUCACCGUCACCGAGGUCAACGGGCUGAUCCUGUGUGGACUCUGGCUCAUCCAGUGGCUCUUCCUCAAACACAAAUCGAUCAUCAGCCGUCGCUGUUUCUUCCUGAUCGGGACGCUCUACAUGUACCGCUGUGUCACCAUGUACAUCACCACCCUACCUGUGCCGGGGAAACACAUGGUGUGUGCCCCAAAGCUCUACAACGACUCCACGGGGAAGAUCUGGAGGAUUCUGAGGCUGAUCUCAGGAGGAGGUUUGUCUCUGACCGGCUCUCACCUGAUGUGUGGUGACUUCCUGUACAGCGGUCACACGGUCAUGUGUACGCUGUCCUACCUGUUCAUCAAAGAGUACUCCCCCCGCUGGAUGUGGUGGUAUCACUGGUUCUGCUGGCUGCUCAGCGCCUCAGGAGUCCUCUGCAUCCUGAUCGCUCACGACCACUACAGCAUCGACGUGGUGAUCGGAUACAUCGCCACCACCAGGAUCUUCUGGUGGUACCACACGAUGGCCAACACACAUGUACGUAAACGCUUAAAGACUCUUCGCCAGGCGUCUAACAACUACUUAUCGAGGACCUGGUGGAACCCCAUCUUCGGUUUCCUGGAGAGGAACGUCCAGACGACGGUUCCCAUCUCCUUCUCGUGGCCCGUCAACCUGCCGUCGUCCUGCAGACAGAGGUACCGGAUCGUGGAGGGGGGACGGGACGAGUGAGCCGCAUCCUUUCCCUGGCUGCCGUUUAUAAAGAUGGAGGACUUUGAAGCCAGUUUACUUUUGAGGACAAGCUCCCCCUGCAGGACGCCGUCUGAAUAUGAGGAGUUACCUGAUGACUGCUCGGACACACAGAGGUCAAAUAAUACCCGAUGAUUACCGUCACUAAACGCCAGAUCUUACCUCCCAGCUAGCCGCCACUAUUCCCCGAAUCUACGUCAACGUAUUUAUUUCUCUGAGAGGAAAAUAAAACCAAAGGUUAGUCAGAAGGUAACAGAACGAGAGAACAGCGACUUUGAGUCUGUGUUCAUCAGAUACAGAUUCUGUCAGGUUAUUAAACUUCGACACCUCAGAUGAGUUUUUGUAAGUUAUUUGAAUUUUUCCCUCCAAAAAUGGAGUGAAAUGUUAUUUUCUCAAACUUGGUGAAGUAACUGAUAAACUUAAAAUGUUUUAAAGCUUUUUGCAAACAAAGUAAAAAAAAAAUUAAGUAAGAAUUCAGGAAAAAAAAGAUGAAAAAUGGUGUGUUUUUACCAAAACACAUUCGAUUAGAUGUGAAAAAUGUCACUUUUGAUUUCAUUUCCUGUUUAAAAAACAAAAAAAAAAGGUCCAAAAAAAUCUGUUCUGAAUAAAAAGUUCUUAAAAUUUUACAAAACUUUCAGUAAAUUUCAAAAAUGUUUAAAAAAAAAAUUGUACCAAAUCUAAAUCGCUACCUAUUUAGAAUUUGGAAUAUCUCAAAGUUAGCUUAGGUUGCAUGUUUAGCUGUUUUGAUAAGUUGUGCCGUUUAGCUUCAUCCAUGGAAGGUCAACAUAAAUCUAAAACAAAGAGGAAACUGUCUAAAUGUUUAAAUAUCCAGAUUACUUAUAAAGUAGCCAGAAGUUACGGACCAAACCUAAGAUGCUAGCUACAUAGCAUUCUCAGGGCUAACUUUUCAAGUGCGUCUUUAAAAGUAUGAGAGCAUUGUUUUGGGUCCAAACUGGUGCUGUUAGCUAAAUGCUAACCCCAAAAGAAUAUAUGUCGAGUAUUCUCAUAGGUGAAUGUGCCACAGAGACAAUUUGACUCAAUGUUUACGUAUCAACAUUAAUAUCUGUGCGUGUUUGUGCCAGCUAACAAGCUAGCAAGAUAGCUUCUAUUAGCUACAUUGCUAGCAACGUAUACUGUACAUUCCAGACGUUGGGCUCCCGUCAGUGUGAGUCCAUGAGUGUAUUUAAUGAGUAUUGUUGUAAAUAACUUCCUGUUCUUGAUUGUUUCUGUUUAAGUUAUAUUUUUGAGUUCAGUGUGUAAACUCUGGAGACAUCGAGCUUCUUUGUUUCUGUUUCUUUCUUUUUUUUUAUAACUUGUUUUCAACGUUUCGUCGUUCUUUUUGUCAAAUCUCAGUGAAACAGUAACUCGACCAAACCCUUCAUUGCUGCUGAUCUAACGUCGGAUUAAUGAAGACCGGACAUCCAGGAAGCUCCCGCUGCUUCAGAGCAAGUGCUACGUGUUGUUUCAUGAUGUCAGAGUUCUUUAUAUUUGAUGUGAGAAAUUCAAAAUAAUAUAAAUGCUCUGAAUUAAAGAUUUAUUUUCAGUUGA